GUAAAGGAGAACAGACCACGACAACUCUUAAACUGCCAUAGGUAUAUUCCUGGCCGAGCUUUCUUGUCUCCAUUCCAUAUAUCUGGAUCUGUGUUUCCAGAAUCUCUGGUGGUUGUUAAAAACCGAAUCAACAAGUGGCGUUUAGAACAUUUAGAACAACGGUGUUUGUUGAGUUCGGAUCCUUCAGCUGUUGUUAGACAUUGCUGCUAAACUUACAAAGCCAAAACCCACAGGUUUAUGUAACUGAAGGUGUACAUAACUGCCAUUGCAUAUUCACCCGGAAAUACAUCAGCAGUAACUGCUCUAGAGAAGUUUGGUUCAGAUUGGCAUUGGCGACUUACAACGAAGAAAAAUAAUCCAACAUGGGAAUCCUAUGUUACCGUGGUUGUUGUUUAGUCUUCUUGUGGUUGUGUCUCCCAUCACCGAGUCAAUGUCAGGUCAGUCAGGUCACUAUCUCCAGUUUCCCAGUGCAACCAGUUGAGAAUGGUAAUGUUACUCUGACCUGCAACGCUGCUGGCUUUGACCCCAACGCUCACAUGUUUACCUGGCAAAGAUUUUACAAAUCGUCUUACGUCAAUGUCACACAGGAUGAUAGAAUGUCCUUCAGCCCUCCUAAUCUAGUUAAUGAAAUAGUGAAACUUUAUUCCCAAAGUCUCACAAUGACCAACCUUACGCAAUCAGAUGAAGGAUUAUACUUGUGCGUCAUCAUUGCGAGAGGCUCUGGAACUAUAAUUACAAAUGGACAAGUUGGUUUUACGGUAAACUCAACCGAAGAGUUUCCAGUCUGUUUCACGGACGGUCCGGCAGUUGUGAACGAGGGAGACAUUCUGACAUGUAGCACGGUCAUCGAUGAAAGAACCCCAGUGGUCAGUGAUACGAACAGUCCCGUAGAAAGGCCAGAUUGGGAACUUAAUACGACUCAAGCAGGAAACGAACCUGGAUCACGGUUGCAGAAGAGUGUCCAAGUUUUAGAUGAUGGAGUCACAUUUUUAUGUUUUUCAAUAAGACCGGAGAACGCAAACUGGACGUCUCUUUCCUGCAAGAUAGGACCCUUGACCGUCAUCCCCUACCCUACCACGCCUAUAACAACUCCAAUAAUUACUGGUAUAACAAUCUGUCUAAUCCUUCUUGUUGGUCUGGUUACCAUCCUCCUCUCAUACUUCAUGUACCGACGUAAAAGGACACGUAAUACAACGUCAGACACGGGGCCAAACCAGCAAACUCCAUCCCAUAUUUAUGCCACUUCGAUACGCAAGGACAGCCAGGCCUCGUCUGCAGCUAAAGGAGAGGUUCCCAACUACGCCAAUGUGAACACCAAAGCAGAGGUUCCCAGUCACAACUACGCCAAUGUGAACACAAAAGCAGAGGUUCCUAGUCACAACUACGACCCGGUUUACACCAAAGCAGAGGUUCCCAGUCACAAUUACGACAAUGUGAACACAAAAGCAGAGGUUCCUAGUCACAACUACGACAAUGUGAACUCUUCUUCUUCCAGUCAUUGCGUGGCACAUAAAUGAUUUAUCCCCCCCUGGACCUUCCUCGAACACGCCCUCUAAUCAGAAGGAUGUGAUAGUACAGACAGGAGCAUACAUGGAGCUCAGUCCACAAUAAUCGAAACUCGACGUGUACACAGAACUCAAACUUUAGGAGAACCUUGCCUUCAGAUGUACGUACAGAAAAACUUUGUAUAUUAUUGUAAUGAAUUGGAAAUAGUGCAAACCUCUGUAUAAUUUCUUAGGAGAGGUUUGCGGUAACACCAUGUGGAUACCUCUGUUUUCAUUAGUAAAGGUUUUAAAAGAACCGAUGGUUAACGACUCAACGUUUCGUUUAGCAUGCUCCAAUUGUCUUCAAGAUAAUACUGGACUUGAUGAUUGGCACAACCAAAACCAGAUAUCCACAUGGUUUUACACCAAACCUGUAAUAGCUGUACUUCCACAUGCUACUUUUAAGAUUCUUGACCGCGUUAUGGAGGUUGACAAUGUGCUACAAAUUUCGAAACUUGACAAAUUCCAUGAAUCCUUUCCCUCUGGUUACGUCACUGAUCAUAGCAAUGGUGACCAUACUUAACUUAGUUUUAUAAGACAAUGUCAUAGGAGUCUUACUUUUAAAAACUACCCUUUUUUUUCUCCCGGAAAAAAAUGUAUUUCGUAAUCUAUAUUUAAUAUUGCAACAACAGUUUCUCACAGAACAAUCACAAGUUGCUGAAACUCAAAACCUUGCAAAAAUAUUCUUUACUGUACUAAAAAAAAUAUUUACCGUUUCAGUAUCCCCGAGCAGUUGAAACCAGUAUUGAUAUAUUUUGGUCUAUGAAAGGAAAAACCGUAUAAUAUAACACAUUAUUCACUCGCACCCUCGAAUUUACCUAAGAAAACUACACAACAGAGGUCACGACCCUAAACUUCACAACUGCGUAAAAAUGGUUCAUAACAAGGAAACUUACGCCGCAACUACUCCCGUAUUAUAUUGACGUUGGGUUUAGUUUGCGUGCGCAGACAGAGUACAGCAACUCAGUCUCGAGACUGUGACCAAGUUGCGAGGUUGAUACCCAACCAACUCACUGUCAAGUUGGUAUGAGAACUAUAUGCUCAUGCUAUAGCAUGCAACACGGUUUGAACAGUCCAAUGGUGAACAUUACAAUCAGUAAAUACUAAUAUAGGACCUAGACAUUCAGUGAGGCUGCAGAAGUUGAGUGGCGUUCCAUUAAUGACCGAAUAUUUACUUCACGGUGUAGUCAACAUACGACCAUGGAGGACCAACGUAGAGACAUUGUGAAAGGUAUUUGGUUUUUAGCAUUGAUGUUUUCUUCGCUGAUAUUCUCGGUUCGCUGUCAGUCAGAUCCUUCAAUGACUCUUGAAGUUUCUCCCAACCUGACGGUGCAGCGGGAUGGAACUACGGUCAGUCUUCUCUGCCAUGUUGAUGGUUUCGAUGCUUCAACUCAUUUUAUAGCGUGGU